UUAUUUCGCGCGUUCCAGAGUGGCUCGUGCGCCCGGCCGAGAACAUUUCACGAAAAAAAAAGGGGGGUGUUAUAAUACAAAAAUAAAUAAACAAAGGAAAUAAAAGUAAAAGAAUCAGAAACUUCGGGUUUGUUACGGUUGUUUAGGGUUUUCUUGUACGCGAUAUGGCUCAUAAACAGAUUUACUACUCCGAUAAAUACAACGACGACCUCUAUGAGUACAGGCAUGUGGUUUUGCCCCGAGAGCUCGCCAAGCAAGUCCCCAAGUCCCACCUGAUGUCUGAGGAUGAAUGGAGGAGGCUCGGCGUCCAGCAGUCUCUUGGAUGGGUUCAUUACAUGAUUCAUGAACCCGAACCCCACAUCCUGUUGUUUAGAAGGCCUCUUCCAAAGCAGCAAUGACCCCGAGAGUUUCUCUGGAGCCUUCCUGCGGAUUAUUCUGGUAUUCAGUGAAUACUCGCCACCUUUCAGAUUACGACCUCCUGUGCAGUAAGCUGGAUUUUUCUCAGCAUCUACGCUCAGUCAGUGAAAUAUGACAUUGCAACAUGAAAUGGGGUUUAAAAAUGAUUCUGCCUAAAAAAACGAUUAAAAGUUUUCCCUGGUGCGGCUUUAACAUCCGUAUCGUGGACGUCGCAGUUUUGUGGUGGAUAAUUUUUCUUUCUUCCAUUUUUUUUUUUUUUUUUUCUUUUUACUUAAUGGCUUGUAUUUCUAACAGAGUUGUCUGAAAUGCACAGUCACCAGGUUGGGAAUAAUACUGUAAGGAAGGCAAUCACUGAAAGUCUUUUCAUCACUGAUUUGACUUGUGAUGGUGAAGAUGUUGAUUUGAUUACGAAGCACUGUAACACGGAGAGCCUGGAUGUUUAGGAUAAAAACCACAAUUAUUUUUUUUUGAUGAAUAUUAUUUCUGGGGAAAAUAUUAGGUCCCACAUAAAUGCUGUAAGGCUGUAGGGAUUAAACCGUAAAGACUGAGGCUCACGUACAUAAAAAAACAAAAAGGUUUGAACAAGGUUUCGCUGUCCACGUGCCUUUUCUUGUGCAAAAUGUUGACUUUCAGAAAUGGAAAAUUACCACGUUUUAUGUCUGAUCAAGUGAAAAAUGACCAUUGUAAAGCCAGCAUGUCUUGUACAAUCUAAUAAACAUAAAGAUUUUUCAUAUUGAAUGUA